GGUCGGCUGUGCGAAGUAACACAUUCAGUCAGUUGCUAGACAUCGACAGUGAAUAAAGUCCAAGUCUUUUAAAUUAUAAUUAUAAUUUUUUUAAAUAAUAAAUUUCGCAUUGCGCUAAACAAAUUAAAAAACGCAAAUGUAAAAUAAUACAAUACUUACUGAAAAAUUAUACAAUAAAUAUUAAAAUUAGCUGAAAUCAUAAGAACUUCAAUAAAAUACUUUAAAAUGCAAGUGUUAUUGCCUGAUCAAAAGUUGUCUAAGGCCCUGCCAGAGGCGUUGGUUGAAAAGUUUAAAAUUGUCGAUGAAAUACAAAGUUUGUUAAAGGCUGCGAAAAUAGGUGGCGCCAACAUAACGGAUGAUGGUAAUAAAGAAAAUGUUGAGGAAUCACCAAAUGACAAUAAAAACAAGAGCGUUGUUAAACACGACAACAAUAACAACAGUAAUGACAAGAGGUGUUUGAAUAGCGACAUUGCAGCGCAAAGUUCCUUACACGCCCCCAUUAUCACGCACACCCCUUUUCCGGGCAUUUCACAAUUGUUACCCAGCCUCUAUCUAUGUGGCGCAGGCGUUGCAAUGCCAAUGGUACUGGAUAAACUGCAGGUGCGUUUCAUCAUCAACGUUGCGCCCGAGUUGCCCGACACUCCGCUUUCCAGCGUCACUAAGCCCCUUUACUUGCGCAUCUGUGUCCACGAUCGUCCCACUUCGGAUCUGUCGGUGCACUUCGACGAGGUGGCAGAUAUGAUUGAAGAGGUGCGUCAACUUGGCGGCAAAUCACUGGUACACUGCGUGGCGGGUGUAAGUCGGUCGACUACGCUGUGCUUGGCGUACCUUAUGAAAUAUGGCGGUAUGUCACUUCGUGCCGCUUACCACCACGUCAAGGCCGUUCGACCACAAAUACGUCCGAACACAGGAUUUUUCCAGCAGUUGCGGCGCUAUGAAGAACAGUUACGAGGCACGUGCUCCGUCAAUAUGGUCUAUUAUGAAUCGUUGAACAAGGAGAUACCAGACGUUUACGAGCCGGAAUAUCGGGCGAUGGAAGAGUUCUAUCAACGGCAGCGCAAAGCAUUGAAGCGACAUUAAAUGAGAAAUUUGUGAAAAAAGGGGAUUGUGGGUGUAAAAAAGAAAACUGAAUUCCAAAGGGUAGAAUUAAAAGUCUAUGAUUCGACGUUAAGUUGCAUUUUUAAUGUAUGUAUGUUUAGUGUGUGAUGCGAAAGUUUUAACGACUUGUGAAGUAUUGAUGUGCCUUAGGCCCGAUUAGUUUCUAGUAUACAUACUAUGUAUUUCCUAUUGUAGUUUUACUGUUUCGAUGUAGAGUUCUAGAUUUAUAUAUAUGUAUGUAUAUCUAUAUCGUUCCCAGAAUGUCCUCAUUCUAUAUACCUAUGUAUGUAUAUGUGCAUAUCUAUGUACUUGUGAGAGCUUGCAUAUUUUUGCCGAGCUGAAGUAAAAGUUGUAGUAUUUUAUUAGUACAUACUUGUUAUUAUUUUUCCGAAGAAUUUUAAGAAAAAACAACCAAAUAUAAAAAUUUACAAAAUUUUAUAA